AUGCACAUAAAAUUAAUCAUUUUCUCUGUUUUGUUCUGUGUGGUAACUAGUAGUCCAUCAUUAGAUUGGAUCAAGUUUAAACGUAGUUUCAAUAAGAAUUAUAAGACAGCUGCUGAAGAAGCAGAACGUAAACAAAUCUUUCUUGAAAAUGUAAAUCGAAUGCGCGACUAUGAAAGAGCUCAUCCAGAUGCAACAUUCAAAAUUGGUAUCAAUCAUUUGGCCGACCAUCGUAUAGACGAGCUUGUACUUCAUUCAAAACAUUACUCCGUUCCUCGUCCAGAAAAUACGCAAAGUUCUUCCGACUUCAUCAAUUUUCCGGACUCAUUUGAUUGGCGCACAAAAGGUGUGAUUUCUCCAGUCGAAAAUCAAGGUCCUGUAGGAAACGUUGAGGCCGUCGUUGCCGUGGAAGUUGUUGAAAGCUUGUACGCUAUUCAAAAAGGAAAACUUGUACGUGGUAGUGUUGGCCGUGUCGAUGACUGUUGUCCUCAAACAGUUGAACCCUUUCAAUGCAUCAAGAAAUUGGGUGGCAUAUGUAGUGCUGCUGAUUACCCAGCACCUACUGGUCAAUGUAUACCAAAUAAAUGUAAACCAUUUGCUCAUUUUGAUAUAAUUAUGAAACUUAAAGAUCAAAACGAAGACACUAUGGUAGCAUGGAUUCAAAACUCGACAUUAUAUGUUGGUGUCGAUGCAAGUCAAACUUCCUUUCAAUUUUAUCAAACCGGUAUUUAUACAGAUCCGUCUUGUUCAAAAACCACGGUUGAUCAUGUUAUGCAACUUGUUGGUUAUGGCAAAACAGCUUCGGGAGAUCUCUUUUGGAUAUGCAAGAAUAGUUGGGGUACUAGCUGGGGUGAAAAAGGAUACAUACGUAUCUUACGUGGAAAAAAUAUCUGUGGCAUUGCCUCUUACGUUAUGCAAAUUGCAUAA